CACAGUUCCCAAGGAGAAACCCGCAAAGAGGUCGUGCAUCCGAGAUCAUCCGAUAAAAAUCCCCCCGAAUAGCACAAGGAAAGGACAAAUAAUCAACGACUGACUGAGGAGUGUGUGAUUUUGAGUCAGUGCUGUCUGGUCUGCACGGAUCCCGGUGUGUAACCCACAUCCUUCAGUCCGAGGAGCUGUGAGGGUCCAACCUGCUCAGAAACAGGACGUCUUCUCUGCGAUGUGAUGGAGGUGAACGCGGCCAGACUGUAACCGGCUCAGGGCCAUGUUAGUCUGGCUUGGUGGAGGCCCCAGACAGAUCUCUGUCUGAGGAAGCUGGGCACUGCGGGACCUGAGCCAGUGGCCUGUAGGAGGAGAGAAGCAGCACAGAGGCUUGAUUAAAAUGGGGCUACAGAUCUUUGUACCCGCUGACUGUGUGUCUGAGGGCCACUUGCUCAGCCCACAGUCAUGCCAGAUGUAAAGCCUCCACCACCAUGUGACUACCCCUCCACCACCUCUGCCGCCGCCUCUGCAGGCUCUCCUGCUGGCUACGCCUCACCCCUCGACCUCAUCAUAGACAUGGAGCCCUGCAUGACCAACCUCCCCCUGUCUUCCUUCCCCCAACACAGAUCCAGUGUCCCUCACUAUCCAGGCCUCCAGGGACCUCCCUUCCCGCUCUUGGCCAGGUGUAACAGCAGCAACCUGCUCACAAACCUUGGGCUGAGGUAUUGCUCCAGCAGGCAGGUGCCACUGGGGAUGGGGCCAGGCCAGGGGCUGGCCCCGGGGUCCUGUGUCCCCCCAGGAAGCAAUGGAAGCAGGCCUUACAGGAGUAUGGAGAACCUGAACUGGAACCCUGUGGCAGACUCUGGCCUGUGCGUAUUCAAUGCUACCCCCUAUAGGAGUGUAGAUAGUGAGUUCAUUUUACGCUAUACAUCCACUAGCCACUGGUAUGAUGGUUCCCCAAAUGGAUCGAUGGUGGGGGCCCAUGAUCUAGUACCUGGUCCAGAGAGCUUGGCAUUUUACCCUCGGCAUGGGGUUCCCAGAAAGGACCUACCACUUCUUCCCCAGUUGCUGUUUCCAGUUGGCACUUAUGAAUGGGAUGCAAGGAAGGGCCUAAGGGAGAAACUCUGUCUCCAGAGUGCAAGGUCAUCAGUCAAGCCUCUGAAGCCCCUCCCAUUGCGGCCUCAGGUGACCCCAGGUGCUGCACCCACUGAGCGGGACUGUAUGCAUUCAACAGGUGCUGGGUCCAGGCCACUGUGCACUAUGCACAUUAGCAGUCCUGAGGAGAUCAAGCAGGAGGUCCUGAGGCGCUUGCAGCUCCGACGACAGAACAGCAGCCCAAACCUAGCUACUUACAGCUCCCCAUCCAGCCCAAACGUGGUUAAGACGUCCUAUACAAGAGACAACAUUGCAGGUGACAGGAGUGGAUCAGAUUCUACAUUUGAGCACCGCAGACCUCCUGUGGGACGCCUACAUAUCCCUACAUUUGAGGAAUUUAAGAGGAUGAGGCAUAAGCAGGUAGAAAAGGGUGCUGUGGUGUCUGCAAAAUUGGAGGUUGACCUGCAGGAUGCAGGAGUGUUAGACAGUAAGAUACCUCCUUCUGAUUGGACCAGUCUUCAGUCAGGUUCUGGAGAAGGAGGCAGAGUCAGAGGAAGAGACCAUGAGGGUGUGGAGGGAGACGGGAGCACUGAUGAAAGGACAGGCACCAGUGAUGAAGGCCUGCAGACUGUCACUGCCUCAGAGAAACUUCCUUCUAACACUGUGAACUAUAACAGUAUUGCAGAUCCCACCUCCUCCACCUCCACAUACUCUCCUAUUCGCACAGGCCCAUCUCCACGUCCCCCCCUGCAGCCCCUGGCCAGCUCAGCCCAGGAGAAAGCCCCUGCUGCAGGGGAAGAUGUUGGGAGCAGCAGGCGUAGGAGGAGCAGUCUAGAACCAGCUGGCUCAGUUCCCUUCCCACCCAGCAGGGAGAAGUGGGAACGGCCCUCCAGCUGCUGUCCAGCACUCCUUCUGGAGGGGGCGGACCUGUCCAGCUAUGGAGCCAAGAUCUAUAAGAUGAAGGAUGGCCUCAUCGACUCUGCACUGGACCUUAUCAAGAAGAGCUGCAGUGCAGAGAUCUCCACCGAGGCCCCCGUCAGGCUGUCAGGUGACCAAGACGGAGGCUGUGACAUCACCGUCUCCUCAACUGACAGUCAGCCCUCCGCCGUUGCCAUGGCAACGUCGGUAACGGCCUGCAGAGCUGAUGCUGGCGACGAGACGCCUGCAGGAGGAGGAGGAAGAGAGGAAGCAGGAGAAUGCCAUCACACCGGUCUGGGCUGCAGACGCUCCAGCUCGGACGCAGCUUAUGAGCUGGCUGAGACGGUGAGGGCACAGCGAGAGUGCCGCCUCCGGCCCCACUACAGUGACCCCAUGCCAGCCGACGCCUCCAAGCGCAAACAGCUGGAGAUGAAGAUUGCUGCUGCCGCCCGACUCCACAGCCAUCGCAGAGACAGAGACCGAGACCGAGAUAGUGCUCCAGCAGCAAUCCGUGGUUGCUCAGAGCCCCCUGGUGAGGCGCGUCAGGCAUGCCUGGGUGUGACAAGGUCUGGGCGGCAUCGUUGGAGCACCAUCAGCAGUUUGAGUGCUGACAGUGGUGUGGUGGGUCUCAGUGAUGAGCGAGAGGAGGACGACAGCAAGCCUCGGCGUUUUCGCAGGAGCCGUGGAGCCGAGGUGGAACGGGUGGAUAGUGGCAUUGGCCCGGGUCUAUCCCGCACCUGGAAGAGACCAUCUGCCUCCCUCAGGGCCUGGGAGGCCCAGAGACCAUGUCCAGACUGUGGAUUGAGGGACGGGGCCUCCAAAGAGCAAGGAGAGCGCAUGUGUGAACGUUGCUCCAAGUUGCGCACUGAGCGUAAAGAAGCCAUCCUUGAGUUUCUGAACACAGAGUCAAGCUAUGGUGAGGAUCUGCGGAUCAUUAAAGAGGAAUUUUACUGCCCCAUGCAGAGUGCCGGGCUUCUGACAGCUGAGCAGCUCGCUGUGGUGUUUGUUAAUGUUCAAGAGCUGAUAGACGUCAAUGACCGCUUCACUGAACACCUGCAGGACAGCAUCGACCAGGCCUUUGACCAGGGAGAUGAGGACCUGCUAACAGUGUACAUAGGAGAGAUCUUUCUAGAGUUCGUCAACAUGCUGCCUGCCUUCCAGACCUACUGCCUGCAGCAGUCCACCUCAGUCAACAUGCUCAACACGCUGGAGAAGGAGAAAGAGCUGCUCAGAAUCUUCCUGGAUGUUUCCCAGAAUGAUAACACAGCACUACGUCGUAUGAACUUGCGCUCUUUCCUCAUGGCGCCCCUCCAGCGGGUGACCAAAUACCCACUUCUAUUGAGCCGCAUCAUUAAGGUCACUCACGAAUGUCACCCCGAUUACGCACGUCUCCGUGAGGCCAAGAGUCGGGUAGAAUCCCACCUGGAGCACAUCAACAUGAAGACCAAGCAAGAGGGCAACGGCGUCAGCUGGUCCCUCCGCUCAUUCCGCCGUGACAGCCGCAAGAACCGGGAGGUCAUCAACAUUGAGAUGCGAGAAGUGUCGAUGAAAACAGUGGGCUGGGCAAGAGAAAACACACGCUUUGUCAUGGAGGGACCACUCCAGCUGUCCCAGCCUGCAGAUGGCCAGUGGGUGAAGAAGGGUAGCAAGGCCCUCAAGUUCCAAAAUGUCCAGAGUCUGCUGAUGGUGAGGACUCAGCGGGUGGGUGAAGCCUCAGGACAGGUCACCGACCUGGGGACACAGGGAGAUCAGAGGGAGGGUGGCGGAGAGAGUGUUCGAGAUGGAGUUCUGGUUCUAAUUAAGGACAAAAGCAGCGGGAAGUUCACAGUCCUGAGAGAGCCUAUCCGUCUGGGAAACUGUGUGGUGUCAACAGAGCAGGACUGUGAGGACACGUUCGAGGUGCUUGAUAUUCGACGAGAGUCUUUUGUUUUCCGCUCCUCUGACAAAUCUCGCACCCAGCAGUGGUUCCAUCAAAUUAGGAGAUACGCUCGAGACUUGGGCACCUGGAGGAAAAGACGCAAUGCUCUGCCCAACAUCAUGAUCAAUACAAACCAGACCCGCUCUUGAGACUAAUCAUCUCUCUGAGCACCUUUGUUUCACUGUAAAUAAUCUGAAUCCUUCUACUGCAAAAAUCAGCUGACAACAAGAUGCAUUUCUGAGUGACAACACUGUUAUAACUUGUUCGACUCCAGUUUAAAAAACACUCUCUUGUUAGUAAGAGAAAGACACAGCACUUUUUUUCUUACAAAGCUGUAAGUACACCAUACAUGAAAUUAUGUAUGAAGAUUUUAUUUUAAGUCAUUACAUUUAAAGAAAAAGAUUAUUGGACAACCAAAAAGCUUGGUCUAUCAGCCUUGAUUGUAAAGACUGUUUGCUCCUGGAGAAAGGGAGCUGUGUUUUCGCUAAGUAAGCAUGACUGAACAUGACUGACAGCAAAAAGAAAAAUGUCAUUUUUAAAUUAAAGACAAUGGGGGGUUUAAUAUAUUGUGGUGGAGAUGUGGUCAAGAGCAAAGUUCAGUGGCGUCUGCUUGUCACUGCCCUCUCCUGUCUGUGUCUCUACCAUCUGUUGGCGGUAGAGCAACUUUCACUGCCAGAGAUGCAGUUGAUCAGAGCCUCUAACAGGCUGAACAGAAACAGACCUCCUGUAUCACUGUGUUUAAAUGAGAACUCACGUAACAGCAAUAACGUCUGCCAGUUUCAAAACAAGUAGCUACUAUAUAUGCAUUUAUUUUCCCAAGAUUUCCUCUGGAAUUCAGGGGUUUAUCCUGCAUCAGUGCACGCUGUGAUUCUGAGGGUCAUGAUGAUUCGACUGAAGUCUCAAAUCUGUCCAUGUUUGUUGGCACCAAUAAGGAAUUAAAAGAUAUUUAGUGCCAUGAAAGCAGAUAGCGAGAAGUCUAGUCGGUCUCCUUUGUGUUAAAGUCACACUAAGCAGUUUAAGUCAAAGACUAGAGUUUUCAGUUUUGUGUUCAGGACCUUGCGUGGGAUUGCAGACAGGGACAGAUCUGUUGAUAUUUUGGUCUAAAUGUCUGAAAGUCCCUGAACCAAAAAACAGUCUUCUAAUUUUUUGUUCAUCUGUAACAGUCCAAAACAGGAAGCAGCAGACUUUUGGCUAUUGAAACUGAAUAAAUGGCUAAAACUAUUAAUUUUUGAAAUUAACUUUGUCUUCUGACUGAUCAUUUCAGCAUUGUACGUAAAUAAAACGUUUUCUUUCUGAUCCCGAUUUUUAAAUUGCCAUAAACCACGGUUACUCUGCUUUCUGGGAUUUUUGACAAUUUGCUGAAA